AUGGCAUCCAAAGGAGCCCCUCAACAGCUAGGCAACGACAAGGUCGAUGCCUCUGUGACACAUUCCGAAGACGUUCCGGCAAUGGCUGAAACUGAGCAAGAACUAUAUACGACACGCAAGAUUGAUGCUCGGACCGUGCUGGGCAUACUAGCAUUGGCCAUCACAUACGAGUCAUGCUUGUUUUCAUUCGUUCUGCCGGUGGCAGUCCUGUUGAACAUCAACCAAGACAUCGGCCCCUCCAUGAACAUCGCCUGGGUGGUGACUGCAUGGUCACUCUCCGGCGCUGUGAUUAUGACCGUUGCCGGCAGACUCAGCGACAUUUUUGGGCGUCGCAACUUCUUUUUGGCAGGCAAUACUUUGGGGAUUAUUGGAUGCGCUAUCAAUUCCAGGGCCCACAACGUCUCGCUUGUGAUACUCGGAAAUACAUUCAUCGGCUUGGCUGGUGGACUUCAGCAACUUGCCUGGGCGGCGGUUAACGAGCUUGUGCCGAAGAAGCAUCGAGGCACGACAUUGGGCAUAGUGACACUCGUCUCUUUACCAGGCUCUGCCUUUGGAGCACCCAUAGCAUACAGCAUCAUCCGAGUAGCAGACUGGCGCUGGACCUUUUACAUAUCCUUGAUCGUCAACGCCCUCGCUUUUGUACUGAUCAUGAUCUGCUACUGGCCUCCAGACUUCCUCACUCUUCACCCGGAGGGCAAGAGCAGACGCCAACAGGUCGCAGAGCUCGAUUUUGUUGGUAUAACUCUCUUUGCGGGCGGUCUCACUGUGUUCCUCAUCGGCAUAGGGUUUGGAGGAAACCCAUAUCGGUGGACGAGCGCCACUGUCUUGUGUCCAUUGAUCCUGGGCGGCCUCUGUGUCUUUGUUGCCUUCCCACUGUGGGAGGUAUACAGUCCGGAGACGACUGCCAAGAUCUGUCCUCCUCAUCUCUUUCGAAAUGUGAGGACUGUGGUUGUUCCGUACGGCGUGACGUUCGUAACUGGAAUGGCCCUGAUCAGCCUCGGGACUUUGUGGCCGCAACAAAUCGCUCGACUGUUUACCACAGAUCCGAGUACAGUCGGUUGGUAUGCACUUGCGAACCAAGGGAGUGCGACUGUCGGCUUGCUGAUUUUCGCGCAAACCUUUGGAACGCUCCGUCGGACCCGGUGGCAGUUCAUCUUUGUCGUCACUAUCAUGGCUCUCUUCUUGGCACUCAACGCUACCGUCACACAGCACACGCCCGCGCGAGCCAUCGCCUUCGUAGGCAUUGCCUCGGCCAUGAUAGGUGCCACGAAUUGCGUCGCAACACUUAUAGUACAGCUGGGCGCCAAGGACGAAGAUAUUGGAUUGGCGACUGGGCUGCUAAAUUCCAUUCGUGCUGUUGGUGGUGCCGUUGGAGUAGCCAUCUAUUCAAGUUUGCUCAACAACCGAAUAGCAGACACGUGGGCCGUCGAAGUGGGCGAAGCGGUUGUGGAGGCUGGCCUGCCACCAACUUCUGUCGCAACCUUUCUCGGGGCAUUGCAAAUCGCGAACUUGACCGCUCUGGAGGACUUCAACGCCACCGUACUGGGAGUCGGCCUAGAUGCUCAGAAGACGGUAUACGUCGGUGCAUUCCAGUUGGUCUAUCUGGUGACAAUCGCCUUCGGGGGCCUAGCGGUAUUCGGUGCUUUGUUUGUCGGAGGCGUUGAUGACAAGCUGACCAGACAAGUCAACGUUCAGCUUGAGCGGCCACACCUGGUGGGGCACAGGAAGGAUGAGCUAGAAACAACUGAUGAGGAGAAGCACUGA